AUGAUCUUCAGUUCGAUGGCGCCAAUGACAGGCCUCUUUGGAGUUGCUGCCGCAUUGGUUUUCUUUCCACAAAAUGGUGUCGACGCUACGGGAGUUCGGAGCCACCGUCUUCUGGACACGGACAAUGAUGGAGCUGUGGAUGUUCUCGCCGAGUUCAAAAACAGGAACUUGCUACGAGAUGACUUUGCGAACCCAAUGCAAGUGUUGGAGUCCUUGGCAGGAGGAGGGAGGAAGAACUCCCUACAGGCAACCAGGACAAUGACGUUGGAUGGGAUCACAUUUUCCGUGGAAGCCAACGAUUUGGUGGCAUUGCCCAGUGUUUUUGCUGGCAAUGCGAGGUAUGUGUUGGAUGGUAUUCAGCAGCCAUCCCUGCCUUCCAAUGUCUUGUACGCACCCAAAGACGACCCAUCUGUUAUGGUGGUGCUGUCUGCAGGUACUGGGCAAUUCCAACGAGCCUUGCGUACAAAUCCCUCUACAGGUGGUGUGUCUUCUCUCUUGCCUAUUUCAGAAGGAUUGGAUAUUCAAGUCUUUGCCCAGGUGGAUUCCAAUGACAUUGACACCACCAAGCUCUCACGGUUUGGUUACGGCGAUACCCUCGAGCACACCAAUGAACGAGCAUUGCUGGAGCCACCUCCUCGUGCCUUGAAAGAGGAAUGCGACUCGUUCAAGAUAAUCGAAGUGGCCAUUGCCUAUGAAUCUCGUUUCUGUGAAGUCAUGGGCGGCGAGGAUCGGGCCAACCAAGUGGUGCAGGUGACAGUAGCUCAAGCCAGUCUCAAAUUUGAAAAGCUAUGCACCAAGCUCCGGCUCUCUCAUUUGGAAGGUUACUGUGAUGAAAGGAAUGAUCCUUACUCGCGCAUGUUUGUCAGCAGUGUUUGUCGCAAUGGUGACACCCAGUCCAUCUUGGGGCUGUUCCGAGACUACUGGAAGACCAACCGUGCCCAUAUCCCACGUGACAUUGCACACCUGUUCCAUGGGUUUCCUCAUGCCAGUGGGACAGUAGGAUGUGCCUGGGCGGCCAGCCUUUGCAAUGAUCAUUUUGGAUAUGGUGUCAAUGAGUUGACAUUUGGUGGCAAUAACAAUCCAACAUUCUGGUCCAUGCUAUUUGCACAUGAAAUGGGCCAUUCCGCUGGCGCAGGCCAUGAAUGUUGUGGGUCUCUCAUGGAUGCCAGCAUGUGUUCCGACCCAGGCUGCGACGAGUUCAGUGACACGGCUAUUGCGUACAUGGACUUUCACAUGAAUAGUGAAACCUGCAUUAGCAGCACCGAGGAAGAUGGGGUAGGAAUCCAGCAGGCGCCACCAAUGGUCAACCAAGACAAUAAUAAUAAUGAAGACACUGGAUUUACCAAUGAUCCUGGAUGGACCAGUUUGGAUGGAACAUGCAGUGAUCGCCUUGGGUACUGCAACCUCGGACCCUGCUGCGAGGGAUUGAAUUGUUACAACCGAUUCAUCUGCUUGGAUUAA